AUGAAGUCUGCCGGAAAACUCUUCUUCCUCUCCGUCUUUGCCCUGUGCGCGACGCCAGGCACGUGCGCCGGCGCCUCCAAAGAUGGCUGCCCAGUCUCGUCCAAAGCCAUUGUCGACGACGCCUGCGUCUCCUACGCUACCCUCGACAAGCUCAACGCCCGUGUCAAGCCCGCUGUCGACGAUCUCACAAAGACGACCGACUACUUCUCCCACUACCGCCUCAAUCUCUUCCACAAGUCCUGCCCCUUCUGGGACGACCAGAACGGCCUCUGCGGCAAUAUAGGAUGCGCCGUCGAGACCCUCGAUAACGAAGAGGACAUACCCGUCGUCUGGCGCGUCAAGGAGCUGAGCAAGCUCGAGGGCCCGCUCGCACGCCACCCUGGCCGCGCACCCAAGGAAGAGCACCGUCCCCUUCACGGUGAGCUAGGCGAGAGCGUCGGAGAGAGCUGCGUAUACGACAAUGACGAUGAGUGCGAUGAGCGCGACUACUGUGUCCCCGAGGAUGAGAGUGCCUUCUCCAAGGGCGACUACGUCAGCCUCACCAAGAACCCCGAGCGCUUCACGGGCUACUCGGGCGUCGGCGCCCGCAUGGUCUGGGACGCCAUCUACCGCGAGAACUGCUUCCAGCGCAGCUCUUUCCCUCGUUCUGCCGACGUCGGCAUCUCCCACUGGCCCCAGGGUCCCGCCGCCAUGGACUUCAAGCAGGUCAUGGAGGCCGCAGGCCGCCAGGCCCAGCUCGACCGCGAGCGCCUCCAGAAACCCGAGACUCCCUUUGUCGCCAGUACCGGGCUCGAGGCCGAUGAUGAGUGCCUCGAGAAGCGCGUAUUCUACCGCGUAGUGUCCGGAAUGCACGCCAGCAUCAGCACCCACCUCUGCUGGGACUACCUCAACAAGACGACCGGCCUCUGGGGCCCCAACCUCGACUGCUACAUGGAGCGUCUUCACCCUUACCCCGACCGCAUCAGCAAUCUCUACUUCAACUAUGCCCUGGUGACUCGCGCCGUAGCCAAGCUCGGUCCGUACCUGCAGAAGAAAGACUAUACCUUUUGCACCGACGACGCGAGCGAGGACGCCUCCACGCGCAGUAAGGUCCUCAAGGUAACACAGCGCGCCGCCCUGGUCCCGGACAUCUUCGAUGAGAGCAUCAUGUUUGUCAACGGCGAGGGUCCGUCCCUCAAGGAAGACUUCCGCAAUCGCUUCCGCAACAUCAGCCGCCUCAUGGACUGCGUCGGCUGCGACAAGUGCCGCCUCUGGGGCAAGGUCCAGACCAACGGCUACGGCACGGCGCUCAAGGUGCUCUUCGAGUUCGGGAAGCCGGGCAGCGAUGACGUGCCGGUGCUGAAGCGCACCGAGCUUGUCGCUCUCUUCAACACGUACGGUCGCCUCACCCAGUCGCUCAUGGCUACGGGCCAGUUCCACAAGAUGGCGGCCGAGGCCGAGGACAGGAAGAGGGCCGCGGAGCUGCUUGCCGAGACGGCCCGUGACAUUCGCGAGCCGCUGGACCACCCACUCAGCGCCGCGGACCCGGACGAGGAGCUCUCGGACGAGUUGGUUGACCUCAUCCGCAAAAAGAAUCGCGGCUCGGCGGGCGACGACUGGAGGUCGCAGCUGGACCACGAGCUGUCACUCAUUAAGCUGGCUCUCCGCGUGGUCUUGACAGGCUGGAUUCGUGCCCCAUACUACUUUCCCAAAGCUUGGCCCGUCGAUGACAACAAGCCAACAAACAAACACCAUUUCCGCUACCCCAUUGCUCAACGCGAGCCCGUCUUGGUGUUUGCCCAAAUACUGACCCAGACCCCUCGCGAAACCCGACACACGCAUCUCCAAUGGCCGCACCCGUGCUAUGAAUCAGUCAUCCCCGCCCCGGCCCGCCGCCCAUGUCCGCCCAUCAUCACCACCACCACCGUCACCUUCAUGUCGUCCACGAUGCCCGCGCCGCCGCCCCGACGGCCGCGGCUGCUCGCCCAGAACCGAAAGCUGCGACACCUGCGCGGUCUGUCCCUGCGCAACCUGUGCUUCGCGCCCCCGGCCCCGCCCGCUCGCGGUGGUGUCCUGCGCUCCGCCGACGAUGCUGACAUCCCCGGCUCGAAUCAUAAGAAACAAUCGCAGAUGGCCGCCCUGCAAGAGUCGAGCAGCGACAACACAUCGCUGCAGACGUCGCGCUCCUCGGAGAACCUGUCCGCGAGGCGGAUGAGUGGUGGUGUCAUGCAGCGCCGCGCGAGCCUAAGCAAUGCGCACGAGAGCCCGGCGAGCCGCCAGAAGAAGCUCGAGGACCUCGCGGACGAGGCGGUCGGUGACGUCUUCUUCUCCCUCCACGACCCCGCGAACCCGGAGGAGCCAAUAUACAUAAGCGAAAUAGGGGAGCGAUCAGCGAACUUUGACUUUCGAUUCUUCAACCUGUCAGCCUACGACGCCACCGUCGCCCGCGCCUGCCGGGUGCUGAUCCGGGUCUGGACGCGCCGGCCCAAGCAGAGCAACGGCCGCUGGAGCUUCCUGCUCGAGGAGCUCGUCGACCUACGCCGGCUGCGCUUCAUCUCGACGACGCUGAACCGUGAUUACCGCCCGAACGCGCUCGUAUUCCACCUCGAGGACGGCGUGUACUCGCUCGACCUGCCCGAGCGCGUGUCCGAGCCGCGCCAGCACCACCCCCCGCCCGCCACGACCUCUUCCUACGGCGCGCUCAUGCGGCUCGCACACCUCGAGACCUCGCUACGCGACGCCGAGGAGACGCAGCGCGCCGUGGCGCUCCAGAUGAACGAGCUCAUCGCCGCUGAGGAGGAGGAGGAGUACGGCGACGGCGACGGCGCCGCGGAUGCCGCGGAGGAAGGUGUCGCGCUGGCGAACAAGUACCUCGCCACGCAGCGCCGCCUCAACCGGCAGGCGGAGCGGCGGCGUGACAAGCUGCGGGCGGGGCUGCUGGCAUGCAGGGAGGCCAUUGCCGCGGGCCGUGCGCUGCAGCGGAGCCGCGAGGAGGACGUGGCGAGCGGUAGAGAGCGGCUGCUCGCGUCGCGGCGGCUGCUCGAGGACACGGAGCAGCAGAUUCGCGGGCAGCGGCGGCGCAUAUGCGCCGAGCUCACAGACGUCUUCCCCAUCGCACCGGUGCCCGACGCGCCCCCGCUAUCGUUUCAGAUCUGCGGCGUCCCGCUGCCCAACUCGGUCUAUGACGCGGCCGUCGCUCGCACUGUCGGCGAGGACGCGCUCUCCGCCGGCCUCGGCCUCGUCGCCCUUCUCACGCGCCACCUCCAGCUGUACCUCGGCUGCCCGCUACCGUACGCCGUGGCGCCGGUCAUCGGGUCGCGGGCGUACAUCCGCGACGACAUCUCACACAUCCCGGAGAGUAGCAGCGGCAGCGGCAAGGCCGGGGACAAGAACAGCAGCGGCGGUCGUCGAGAGUUUCCGCUGUUCCUGCCGCGUGGCGGAUCCACGACGGGGCAGUGGCGCUUCGAGUACGCCUGGUUCCUGCUCAACAAGGACAUCGAGGCGCUCUGCGCGGCGCAGGGCCUGCGCGUCGUCGACAUCCGCCACACGCUGCCCAACAUCAAGUACCUGCUAUACGUCGGCAGCGCCGGCGGCGAUGAUGAGUUGCCGGAGCGUAAGAGGGGCGGCGUCCGCGGGCUGUGGGCCGGUCGCCUCGCCGGCGCCGCCGCGGGCUCCAACGGGAUGGCCGCGUCGUCGUCCCCCUCGCGGCUUCUCGCCCAGGAGCAGCACCAGGGCAAGGGGGAUUGUCCGGGGAGCGCCGACAGCGAGGUCCAGGCUCGCCGUGGCGAUGCGCCGCGCUCGGCGGCUGUGGCGGAGGAGACGACGACACCGGCAGCAGCGGUGGCCUGGGGGCUGUCGGGCAUGGGCGGCAUGAACCCGGACUUUUCGUUGCCGUUUCGCAGUCCCGUGGCCAAGUUUACACUACGCACAAAGGGCCUCCGGGAGAACGUGGCGAGUUGA